CUCCGAAACUCUUGGUGACACCGACCCCCAUCCACCCGCCGAGCACCGCCGCCCAAACCGCCAUGGGUCAGCCGGAGCGGAAGCGCGGAGCACAAGAAUUGGGCGAGGUGGUCUCUAAAAGACUCCGCUUCGACCACAAGUCCUUGCUGGCUGCCGUGGUGGAUCGGGACGGCUUCUCCGCCAAGAUCGGCGAUGCGUCGGUGACCGCCUGGCCGGGCCCCUUGUCGCGCCUACUGUCCCUCCGCGCGGCCCGCGCCGCGGCCGAGUCCACGCGCGGAGCCGCGCCCCGAGCGGUCGCGGCCGUCACCGCGGAGCCGGACACCGUGGCCAACGCGCUGCUGCAGCCGUUGCCACCGCCACCGCCUGGGAGGUCGGAGAUUCCGAUUCCGCCGCCCAUGGGGAUCUCCUUGUGGAAACCCAGCUACAAGCGACUCGCGAAGGAUGAGUUCUUGCGAUCCCGCACCCGCUACAUGGGCUAUGCCGAAUACGCCAGUUGGAUCUCCAAAGCCGUUCCUGAGCUGGAGCUCCGCCCCCUGGCGCUGUCAGCAGAGGAGACUGCGGCCGAGCAGAGUGGCUUGACCGGCUUGGAGCUGCUGCGGUUGCUCAACAAGCUGAAGGCGCCACCGAAAGGGGUUCCUGAAAUCACGCCUGAGGAGAAGCAGCUCGCCGAAGAGGCACUCUACGGUUCCGGCCGGCCUGAUGAGGUGGUGGCCUCGCGCUUCAGCGUCGAAGUGACCCGCAGGCAGAUGGAGUGCUUGCGUCCCGGGGAGUGGCUCAAUGAUGAGGUCAUCAACUUUUAUUACAAACUCCUGCAGGAGCGAGGCAAAAGCGUGGAAGGCUCUCCGAAGUGCUGGUUCACCAACUCCUUCUUUUGGCCAAAGCUCAGUGGGAACAACAGCAAGGACUAUAACUACAAAGAAGUGCGCCGGUGGACUGUGAAAGCCAAGGUGGACAUUUUUGAGAUGGAUUAUGUGAUUUUUCCCAUGAACAUCGGGGAGUCGCAUUGGGCCAUGGGUGCCAUCGACUUGAAGGAGAAGGGCUUUCGCUACUUCGACUCCAUGUUUAGUAAGCCUCCAUCCAACUUUGUCGCCUUCUUGCGGCGCUAUUUGCAAGAUGAACAUAAGGCAAAGAAAGGCAAAGAGAUCUCAGGUGUAGAGGAUUGGCAGCUUCUCGUGCCUUCCAAGGUGCCGCAGCAGAAGAACGGGUAUGACUGCGGGGUCUUCACGUGCUUCUUCGCGGACUGCUUCUCGGCCGGGAAGAGCUUGAGCUUCGAGCAGGAGGACAUGCCCACUCUGCGGAUGAGGAUCGCAGCACGGGUGUUGAAGGCCGAUGAGAAGUUCGAUCCCAUUCCUUGAGGCGCACUGCUGCUUCUCCUUUGCGCCCGGGUCACUGGCUGCUUGGGGGUGGCAACAUGCUGCCGACGCUGGGAGAGAGAGAAAUCA